UUACUUUAAAGUCAGUUAAAUAGAUUUAAAGUGAUUUCAAUGUUACAAUCAAAUCAUAUCUUUAAAACAAUUAUCAGCAUGCAUUCGUAAAAAAACAAUGUUUGUAUCCAAUUUUGAUGUUUGAAACAGAUUUUAUUUCUAUUAGUUUGUAUUUCCUUUCUUUUAGAGUAUAUGCAGAAUGAGUGACACAUUGAUGGUUAUAGCUAUUGAUAUAGGAACAUCGUACAGUAGUGGUUUCUACUCAUUCAGAAACGAUCCAAAGGAGAUUAACGCUGUAGAAUAUUUCUAUGACAAAGUUCCUACGGUAGUGCUUUUUGACAAAAGAAAGGAAUUUCAUAGCUUUGGCUAUAAAGCAGUGGACAAUUACAAACAGCUUUCAGACGAAGAAAAAAGAUAUUGGUACUACUUUAAAGAUUUUCACAAGAUAUCAAAUGAGCAUAAGCCAACAGAACUAGAAGUGACCGAAUGCAGCGGUAAAAGACUGGAAACGUACAAAGUGUAUGGGUCCAUAAUAAAAUACUUUACAGACACAAUGUUAACCAAGUUGCGAAGAGUUAUAAAUUGUGAUAUUGGAAUAACUCGCAUACGCAUACAUGUCGUGCUUAUAGUUCCUCCCGUAUUUUCGAGAUCCAACAAGUCUAUGUUACAGAAAGCUUUUCAUACGAAAGUUCUUUUCUCUGGGUAG